AUGACCAUUCCCCCUUACAAUCACGUUAGUAGCCAUACCGGCAGAAGAUAUCGCGCCCUCGACUCCCACAGUCUACGACUGCACUGCUCCCGAGUCAACUUACAGCUCCACGAGGAGGAGGUCACACGGCGGCUUCUCUUCGUCCUAGCGCAGUAUGGGCAGAUUCGAUACAUCAGUGUUCUGAUGAGAUCGGACGUUCAUCGCGACCGAUACAGCCCCGCCACUCACCCCUCAACUGCAAACAGCUCGCCUGACACAGGCACCAUGCCGGUUUCCACAAUGGCUUUGGACGCCUACGUGGUCUUCGUGAAUCAGACCGACGCCGUGAAAGCCUUUUGCAUGCCCCAAGCGGACCGCGAGAUUCUGGGCCCAGUAAAGAUUUGGAGCGAAGACGCGCAAAAGAUCAUCAUUUCACGCCUCGAGCCAAACUUCGUUUUUGUCACGCCUGAAGGAGGCUGGAUCAAGGUUCCCGUCAACGAACUCUCCAUCUAUCAAAGCUCGAUCCAUCUCGCGCUCGCUCUCCGGAUGACAGCUCCUCUUCGAUUCCUUCUCAGCGAAGUCCAAACCUUUGUCCGACAUGGCCCCAUUCAAAUACGUGAUGCCGCAAGUCUGUGGGCACUUCCUAACGAUCGCCACGGCUGUUCCCCUCCCUGUGUCAACUCUUUCGACUACCUCCCCAGCAAUGUCCACAUUCGUCACCACACGGCGGCUAGCGAGCCAGCGUCUCCUAUCGCCCCUGAGCGACUGCCUCGAAGUCGACUCGUGACAGGCAGCCGCUACACUCGAGCUGGUUCGAGCGUUAGGUGGCGUUCGCCAUCUCCCAAGUUCACGAAGACCCCGCGGGAUCGCUCACGGUCACCUCCGGCAGCUAGGAGCGCCUGUUCGCGUGCUGAGUGGACACCGAUCGAUAACCACAAGUCUUCUUCACUCUACCCUUACGUGUGGCCAUCCGCUUCACCACAGUAGCUCCCCCUGAUCGCUCUCCUCGAUGUCCAGAUUCUGUCGUGUAAGAAGUCUUCUGAAUUUCAUGUUGUUGUGGGCAGUUAUGUAACUUCUCCAUACCCC